GCCAGCAGAACCAGAUUUACCUCUAAGAGCUUGAUCCAGUGCAGGGGCACAUCAGAGGCAGUGCCUAGAGUGCUGCUCUGCUCUGAUGAGCCCCAAGAAGUGGAGUGGCUCUGUGAAGCUGUUGCCAGCCAGUCCUAGUUAAAGAAGUUCUGAGGGGGCUUAAAUUGUGCUGGGAUCUGAACCAGACCUACCUUUCCCCCGCACCAGUUGAGCAAAGUGGAGCUCAGCUGGAGCGAAGGUUCAGCCUAGUGUGUGUAGAUUCUUUUCAUUGCAGGCUGGGAACUCCUCCUGCGUAGUUUUCUUUACGUCAUAUCUUCCUUUUGGAACUGUCAGUGUUUGGGGAGUUCUCUAUCGGAUGCAACGCCGCACACCUCUGCCUUGUGUGCUGCUACGGACGAAGACGUUUACUUAGAUUGGAGUCACUCACAAGGUCAGAUCUUCAGUGUCCAUCGGGAGAGCUGUGGCUGAAUACACAAAGCGAGUCUCUACUUCAGAGUUCUGAGAAAUGCCCCUGUGAUGGCAAACCGUUCACAAGCUCUGCGCAGUUUGAGGGUCAAAGCCCCGCAAAGAAGAAUUGUCUUUUUUUCCGGGGCAGUUUCUGGCUAUCUGAAAACAAACAAGCCCACCUUCGAGACCUGAACAGCAAGCGCCCCCAGAGAUCUGCUCUGUGGCAAUUGGAACAACAGCUUCUCUGCCCGAUACUGCCAAUGUACAGAGUGGGGUUUCCAGACGACACGCCGCCGUGUCUUCAGUGAUCUACGGGUCCUUGGGCUGGAAACCAGCGGUGGGUGGCCGCCAACACCAACGCAACGAGAGGACCUGGGACGAGCCAGCGGCUUGAUUCACCACCAGAACUGGACCCGCUAUUCCAGCAGUGGUCAGAACAGUGCCAAUGACAGAGGUUCCACUUUCACAAUUUCUUCAAUUUCUUGUCCCUGAAGCUUUGUACAAUUGAUGCCCCUAAGGUGCCAAAUCCAUAUAACACAGAAAGGACGAAAGGCAUCCAUAACUGUCAAAGAGGUCAACAUGGACCAUGACAAAGGACCAAUAGAAUUUCCAAUUUUAGUGUGAUAUGUUCGAAAUGCAAGGAUAAGUAACAGUCAUCAGACGUGAAACUCAACAUGGCACAGGGCCAGCUACCAAACAACUCUUUGAAGAACAGUUCGAUCCCUGUGUUCACUGGCCUUGACCUCCUCUUUGACCUGAAACCCCUCUUCAUUCCCCUCUAUGCCACUCUGGUGGCUGUGGCUUGCACCGGCAACUUGCUCCUCAUUCUCCUUAUCGUUGUCACCAAAAAACUGCACAGCACCACUAACUUCCUUAUUGGAAACCUGGCUGCAGCUGACCUGAUCAUGUGCAUUUUCUGCGUCCCACUGACUGCAUCCUAUGCCUUUGAGAUCCGGGGCUGGCUCUUUGGGGUGUUCAUGUGUUACUUUGUCACCUUGAUGCAGACUGCCACUGUAUUUGUGUCUGUGCUGUCCCUCACAGCUAUUGCAGUGGACAGAUAUAUUGUUGUUGCUUACCCCAUUCGCAAAAGGCUAAGCCGCAAGUCCUGUGUCUAUAUAGUGGCCUUCAUUUGGUUACUCUCCAUUGUGGUUUCUGUGCCUACAUCCAUGCACACCCAUUAUCUGGAUCUCAACAAAAUUGGCCAUGACAUGUUCAUCUGUGAAGAAUUCUGGAAGCACCAAGAGAAAGAGAGGCUGCUGUACUCAUGCUCAAUGCUCCUUUUGUCCUACAUGCUCCCACUUUCUGCAGUGUCUAUCUCCUACUGUGCCAUUUCUUAUCGCCUUAGGAAGAGGAAUGUCCCAGGGGCUGCCUACCACAACCAAGAGAAAUGGACCAAUAAAAAGCGAAAGACCUUCCGGGUCCUUAUUAUUUCAGUCAUGUGCUUUGCUGUCUGCUGGCUACCUCUGCAGGUGGUGAACCUCAUCAGAGAUGUAGAUGAGGAGUUCACCAUCUUGGACAAGAGGUACGUGAAUGUCAUUCAAGUGUCAUGUCACUUGAUCGCCAUGAGCUCUGCCUGUUAUAACCCUUUCAUCUACGCCUCACUCCACGACAAAUUCCGAUUCCAUGUUAGUAACUAUUUUUGCCAUCACAAGAAGAGGUCCAGCAUCAUGUCCCGCAAGGCCUCGCGACUCAAUACCUGCUCCACGCUGGCAGACAUUCCUAUGGGCAUCACCGAUAAGUUAACCCUGCAAGGCAGGUUUUCUUUUAACUAAACCACAGCAGGAGAUCAAAUCAGCAGAGGUGGCAUGCACCUUAGUUCUGGGCUUGUUAUAUUGGACAUUGAAGCAAGUGGUGCAAGUUUUGUGACACUGGUAAUUGGUCAUUUCAAGACAAUGUAGAUAUCUGAGAACUUGGCAGUAGUGCAAGGGAAACAAACAUAUAACAGUUUGUGUCUAAAGGGAUAGAAACAGCUCAUCUGAGCAACUGAAGUGUAUUCUGCUCUUUGUCAAAACAAGCAAAUUCAACAACAAAAAUGGCAGUCCUGUAAGUUUAAGUUAAUUCUGUAUAGUUUUUACUCAUUAAUAUUGUCCUCAUUUUGUAUAAGGUGAUGCUAUGGGAAUAGUAAGCAUUUCCUUUGACUUGAUUCAGUUCAAAAGCUAAAAAUUUUUUACAUAUUAAACAACAGCCAUUUGCUCUGUUGCAACAGACCAGUAAUCAUGCCCUCAAGAUUA